CCUAGACUAGUAAAUGAUGCCUCGAAACCGGCCGCUCCUUUUGUUUUUCUUCGACUACGACUUUUUUUUUCUGCUCGUACUAUCUCGCGCUGUCGUUUCCGGAGCUCCGUUCGCCCCCGGUACACGAUUUUAGUCACUAUUUUAGUCACCUAUCGCUUUAGUCAUCGCUAUUUUUGUGUUUUUGUUUGCUGUAAACAAGAAUGGUGAACUCGGGAGGUCUGGUGGUUCUACUUCUUGCGACUUUAGGUUUCUGGACAUGUGAAGCACAAGUGUGCGGACUGCCUCCCCUGACCAACAGGAUUGUCGGAGGAACUAAUGCACAAGAAGGUGCUUGGCCAUGGCAGGUGGAUAUCCAGACAAUAACGGAUGGCCACAUUUGUGGAGGGUCUAUCAUUGCAGAAGACUGGGUGUUGUCUGCUGCCCAUUGCUUCCCAGCGUCUUCCAGUUUGUCCUCCUAUGUGCUGUACCUGGGCCGUUACCAGCUCAACGGAUUUAACCAGUAUGAAGUUUCGAAGCGUGUUGCUCAAGUGACGAUUCCACCAGGUUAUGUCGAUGCCCAGGAAGGGCUGGACAUAGCUCUGGUCCAGCUGGACAGCCCAGUGACCUGGUCAGACUACAUUCAGCCAGUUUGUCUACCUGAUGCCAACACCCUGUUCCCCAGUGGGAUGCUUUGCUAUGUCACUGGCUGGGGGCAGGUUCAGGAGGGAGUUUCUCUGUCAGGUGUGGGAACUUUACAGCAAGUUCAAGUCCCCAUCAUUGACCAGCCUACCUGUCAGCAGAUGCUCCAGGCCACUGAAAACAUAAGCAUCCUGUCUAGCAUGAUUUGUGCCGGUUAUCCAGAGGGUGGAAAGGAUGCCUGCCAGGGAGAUUCUGGUGGACCUCUUGUGUGCUCCAUGGUGAAUGGGACGUGGGUGCAAGCAGGUGUGGUCAGCUUUGGAUUUGGCUGUGCCCGACCCAACCAACCUGGUGUCUAUACCGAGGUGUCUGCCUAUACUGACUUCAUCCAAAGUAGCGUGCCAGAUGCUCAGCUCAUUGGCCGGGCUUCCUAUAGCUGGGCGAGUAAGUUGGCUGUGCUGGCCAAUGCCGUGACCUCCCUGGUUGCAGUAGUGUUGCUGCGGUAGGCUUGUUCAGUGUGGGUCCACACACGAGAGAGUGUAAUAAGUGACU